ACCCAAACCCGCUCUCUCUCGUCUCGUCUCGUCUCCUCUCUCCCAAGGCGGAGUUGCCCCGUCCAUCUCCGGCGAUCCGGUCGCCGCGCGACACGUUAUCCACCGCCGUCCCUACCGGCGCAGGCGUCCCCGGCCCCGUCCGUGUGUGGCCGUAGCGAAGCUCCCCUGUGCGGAAAUAGUUUAACGACUAUACCUCUCUGAUACUCUCCGCCACUUCGACGUCUCAUCUCUAUUUCCUUUUCUCCCACUGCUCCCUCCCCAACCUCUCUCUCCUCCUCCUCGUCGCCCUCCUCUUCUUCUUGUUCAUCCCUACCCCCAUGGCUACCACCAGCGGUUGCUGCUACUCCCACCUCGCCACUGCUCGAAGCCACCAGUGUCGUGUGAUGAUGGUAUAGUGGUGACUCGUUAGUCGGGGCGCCGCCGUGUACCGGUAUACGUCGACCGAUCGAUCGAGCUAGCUAGCCGGGUGAAGCAGAGGCGAGGAGAGUGGUGGUGAGUCGAAGCCUCGAAGGGCGGGAGGUGGAGGCGUCGAUUGCGCUUCUGGUGGGCUCCCGAUCGGAGAUGGUGUUGGAUCUCAAUGUGGCGUCGCCGGAACGGUCCGGCACGUCGAGCUCGUCGGUGCUGAACUCCGGGGACGCCGGAGUCGUAGAAGGCGGCUUCCGGUUCGACUUCCUCGGGAGCAGCCCCGACGAGGACGAGUGCUCCGGGAAGGCGGCGCCGGUCGCUUCGGGGGUCGUGACGCGGCAGCUCCUCCCUCCUCCUCCUCUGCUGCCCGCUCCAGCGCCGGCGCCACUGACCACGGCGUGGCAGCCGCGCCGCCCGGCGGAGGACGCCGGACUCGCGCAGAGGGCGGUCGUCGCGAAGAAGACCCGGCGGGGGCCGAGGUCGCGGAGCUCGCAGUACAGGGGCGUCACCUUCUACAGGAGGACCGGCCGCUGGGAGUCACACAUCUGGGAUUGCGGGAAGCAAGUCUACCUAGGUGGUUUCGACACGGCGCAAGCGGCAGCAAGGGCUUACGAUCGAGCGGCGAUUAAGUUUCGGGGCCUCGAUGCAGACAUCAACUUCAACUUGAGCGACUACGAGGACGAUCUGAAGCAGAUGAGGAAUUGGACCAAGGAGGAGUUCGUGCACAUACUCCGGCGACAGAGCACGGGGUUCGCGAGGGGGAGCUCCAAGUUCCGCGGCGUCACGCUGCACAAGUGCGGCCGGUGGGAGGCGCGCAUGGGUCAGUUGCUCGGCAAGAAGUACAUAUACCUUGGGCUCUUCGACACCGAAGUUGAAGCUGCAAGAGCAUAUGACAGGGCAGCCAUUCGCUUCAAUGGGAGGGAAGCUGUUACCAACUUCGAGCCUACUGCCUAUAAUGUGGAUACUUUACCAGACGCCGGAAAUGAGGUAAUUGUUGACAGUGAUGUCCUUGAUUUGGAUUUGCGGAUUUCGCAACCUAAUGUGAGCGACUCCAAAAGGGUUGCCACCAUAACUGGCCUCCAGUUAACUUGUGAUUCUCCUCAAUCUUCAAAUACUAUGGUCCAUCAGCCAAUGGGCUCGUCUCCCCAGUGGACUGUGCAUCACCAAAGCACAUCACUGCCCUCUCAGCAUCAACGUUUGUACCCAUCUGCUUGUCUUGGCUUCGUCCCGAACCUACAGGAGAGGCCAGUGGAGCGAAGGCCUGAGCUGGGUCCCCUGCCAUUCCCCACACAGGGUUGGCAAAUGCAGGGGCCCUCCCACUUGCCACUGCUCCACGCUGCAGCAUCAUCAGGAUUCUCUGCCGGCGCCGGCGCCACCGCACUCCGCCGGCAGCCGCCGUUCCCGGAACACCCCUUCUACUUCCCGCCAACCGCCUGACACAGACCGAUCCAUCACGGUUCACGUGUGUGCAUGGCGUUCGCGACUCGGAUCGCCUUGCCGGUGAAACGCCGUUAAUUGUUCAUGCAACUUACUGCAGUAUUCAGCCAGAGAGAGGGCCAGGUGCAUUCACACCCCAGCUCAUUAAUCUCUCUGUCUUCCCCGUGUUAAUACUGUUACAUAUUUUGCGCCAUGAACGGAUGAAUUCUUCAUGGGCAUGGAGCUUGUGUUUAUUCA